GUGGGAGCGCGGCGGAAGUAACGAUCACUAUGAAGGCAUUAUAUUGUCAGCAGAAUUCACCUGGAGAGGAAAUGACAUUUUUCUUCCAGGAAAGAGAAAACCUUCCACCUACAAGAGACAAUGAUGUGAAAGUACAAGUUAGAGCCUGUGCACUGAGCUGGAUAGAUACAAAGCUUCUGUCAGAAAUUAAAGUGGCGAAGGAGCUUCUACCUGUUGGUCGAGAAAUUUCAGGAGUUGUAUUGGAAGUUGGAAGAAAGGUUACCUUUUUUCAGCCAGAUGAUGAAGUGGUGGGAAUUUUGCCCCUGGAUUCUGAAGAGUCUGGUCUUUGUGAAGUUAUUCUAGUUCAUGAGCAUUAUUUGGUUCGUAAACCAGAAAAAGUUUGCUGGGUUGAAGCAGCUGGGACUGUUCGUGAUGGUGUUCGAGCAUACACAGCUUUACACUACCUUUCACAAGUCUCUCCUGGAAAAACUGUCCUUGUAAUGGAUGGAGCAAGUCCAUUUGGUACAAUAGCGAUUCAGUUAGCACAACACAGAGGAGCAAAAGUAAUCUCUACUGCAUACAGUCUUGAGGAUAAGCAGUACCUGGAGAGGCUUAGACUUCCUGUGGAAGGUAUACGGCAGCCUUUAGUGGCUCGAGUGAUAGAUGUGUCAAAUGGAAAGAUAGAUGUAGCAGAAAGCUGCUUAGAAGAAACGGGUGGCUUGGGAGUGGAUAUUGUUCUAGAUGCUGGAGUGAAAUUAUACAGUACUGAAGAGGAAUCAACUUCAAAAUCACAGUUGCUGCCUCAUAAGCAUGAUAUCAUUACUCUUCUUGGUGUUGGGGGACACUGGAUAACAACAGAAAAAAAUCUUCAGCUGGAUCCUCCAGAUAGCCAUUCCUUAUUUCUUAAAGGAGCCACAGUGUCCUUUCUGAAUGAUGAGAUAUGGAACUUGUCCAAUAUACAGCAAGGGAAGUAUCUUGCCAUCUUAGAAGAUAUAAUGGAGAAAUUAUCAAGUAGCAUUUUCAGGCCCCAGCUGGAUGAACCUAUCCCAUUGUAUGAAGCCAAAGUUUCUAUGGAAAUAGUUCAGAAGAAUCAAGCAAGAAAAAGACAAGUCAUCCAAUUCUGACACACAAUUUCCUGACUUCUAAGCCUGUGGAAGAUAAAGAAACGUAAUGUAUUUGAGAAGUAAAUUAGUGUACACUUAUAAAGAAUUCUGUAAUCAGAAUUUAAAGGUCUUUUGUUCCUUAGCACAAAUGGUCUGUUAAGCUCCUGUGACUUCAGGGACUUUGUAUGUAGUUGAGCAGAAUGUUCCCAUCAGCAACUUCUCAACAGGCAGUCUUGAAACACUGAGCUUGUCUGCCUUGCCCCGCCUACAAAUGUCAGUAACAUCUACAGGCAAACUCAGUUGCCAUUUUCGAUUAGUUCUCCCUUCUCCAGUAGUCACCCUUAUAGUACCUUUUGAUUUUGACUGUAUUGAGACUGAGCUCUCUCUGUAGUACACAUAAGCCUCUAAUCCAUACUUUAAAUUGGGUUUUAAUUGAAAGACAGGGAAACCCCUCAGAAUUGGAAAGGAUGUUAGAGGGAAAGAAGGAUAUGAGACUGACAGAGUUUCCCCUCACAGCUGAUACUCUUCAGUUUAGCAUCCAGAUAGUAAACCUAAUAAUAUAGUAAACCUAAUAAUAGUAAACCCAGAGUCCAUAAGGUGAUCAUGUCAUUCAUAUGUUAGAGGCACUUUGUGUCUUGUUACUGUAAUGUUAUCUUCAAUAUUUUUCCAAUAAGACCUUAUGCUGUGCAUUUUCACUUCCCCUCUUAACUACAGUCCUGUGCCUAGCGCAACUCAAAUCUGUUUAUUCAGCAUCCUCUGAAACCGUGAGCCAUCUGCAAAUCAACAGGAAGGAAGGAACUGCUGGUUGUUUUUUUUUCUUCAAAACAUAUGCCUUCCUACUUGCUUUUAUUUGAAAGCAUUAUGUUUUUUUUAUCUAUUCAAAUAUGCCAUUAAUUUUCACUGUGUGGAUGGAUCAAAUAGCAGACACUAGUUCAAACCACUGUGAAAAAAUUGAAACAUUCAAGCGAAUAUAGAUUACCCAGAACCACAAUUAAUGUAACUUUUGUCAUUCGUUAGACUUGUAGUAAGUUCUUGAUGAAUUAUGCAAGGGAAGCAUAUAAAAGUAUGCAUAAAUCUUAUUUUAGUAUUAAUGUGGUGAAAUGCAACCUUGAAAAUAAGUAAUGCUUUUAUGCAUGUGUGUACAUACACAUGCCUAAAGCAUGUGAAUCCUCUGUUAGUUUGACAUUCUGAAGCUUUGUACACCGCUGCUUUUUUUACUCAUGUUGUUAAUUUUCACUUAAAUGUUGGAAAAUAAAGUAAAUCAGAGGAAAUGAGUUAAAAAUACAAGGUUUAAUA